UUAUGAUUCUCGUUGCGGAUCAGUAUGGAUGUACAGUAUGUGUACAGCGUAAUGCAGUUUUUACAAUGAUUAUAUGAUAAAUAUUUCUAUAUUUUUCUUUAGCUGGUCUUUAGCUAAAAGCAAACACUUGAGUUCAACUUUAAAGUUACUGACAGAACCUCCACACGUAUUAAACUAUUAUUAUGAUUAUUAUGAGUGUGAUUUAACGAUGGCAGAAGAUCUUCAGAAAUCGAACAUUAACGGACUCAGUAAAACAGCUAAAAGCGGAGCGUCCAAGAAACUGAUCAUUAAAAACUUGAAAGACAGGCCGAAGCUGACAGAAAGUUACACUGAGGACACAUGGCUGAAGCUUCGAGAUGCUGUGUGUGCGAUUCAGAACAGCACUUCCAUCAAAUAUAACCUAGAAGAGCUUUACCAGGCUGUGGAGAAUCUGUGCUCAUAUAAGGUCUCACCCGUGUUAUACAAACAAUUGCGUCAGGUCUGUGAAGAACACGUGCAGGCUCAGAUCCACCAGUUCAGAGAAGAGACUCUGGACAACCUGACGUUCCUCAAGAAGAUGAACGGAUGCUGGCAGGAUCACUGCAGACAGACGAUCAUGAUUCGCAGCAUUUUUCUGUUUCUGGAUCGGACGUACAUCCUGCAGAACGCUCUGCUGCCCUCCAUCUGGGACACGGGGCUGGAGUUGUUCCGGACGCACAUCGUGAGCGACAGCGGCGUUCAGAGGAGGACGGUGGAUGGGAUUCUGGAGCAGAUCGAGCGUGAGCGUGCCGGAGAGACGGCGGACAGGAGUCUGCUGCGGAGCUUACUGAGCAUGCUCUCUGACCUGCAGGUGUAUAAAGAGUGUUUUGAGAAGCGUUUCCUCUCAGAGACGGAGCGUCUGUACGCGGCGGAGGGUCAAACACUCAUGCAGGAGAGAGAGGUUCCUGAGUAUCUGCAUCACGUCGCACAACGUCUGGAGGAAGAGAAUGAUCGUGUCAUCAGUUACUUAGACCAGAGCACACAUAAAGCUCUAAUCUCAACUAUCGAGAAGCAACUGUUGGGUGAACACAUGAACACAAUCCUACAGAAAGGGCUCAGAACACUGUUGGAUGAGAAUCGUGUGACAGAGUUGACUCUGUUGUAUCAGCUCUUCAGUAAAGUUAAAGACGGUCUGAUCAUUCUGCUACAGUUCUGGAAACAGUACAUAAAGGACUUUGGUGGAGAGAUUGUGAGUUCUCCAGAGAAAGAUAAAGAGAUGAUUCAAGAGCUGCUGGACUUUAAGGAUAAGAUGGACAACGUCAUCCAACGCUGCUUUCAGAAGAACGACAACUUCAACAACACAAUGAAAGAAGCCUUCGAGAACUUCAUAAACAACAGACCCAACAAACCAGCAGAACUCACCGCUAAGUUUGUAGACUCUAAACUUCGCACUGGAAACAAAGAGGCCACAGAGGAAGAGAUGGAGAGAACCCUGGACAAAAUCAUGAUUAUAUUCCGCUUUAUUCACGGUAAAGAUGUGUUUGAAGCGUUCUAUAAGAAAGAUUUGGCCAAACGUCUGCUGCUGGGGAAGAGUGCCUCUGUGGACGCUGAGAAGUCCAUGCUGUCGAAACUAAAACACGAGUGUGGAGCUGCGUUCACCAGUAAACUGGAGGGCAUGUUUAAAGACAUGGAGCUCUCCAAAGACAUCAUGAUCCAGUUCAAACAGUAUAUUCAGAACCAGAGUGAAUCCAGCAGCAUCGAGCUGACCGUCAACGUUCUGACCAUGGGCUACUGGCCCACAUACACGCCGAUGGACGUCCAUCUGCCCACAGAGAUGCUGAAGCUUCAGGAGGUGUUUAAGAUCUUCUAUCUGGCGAAACACAGUGGGCGUAAACUCCAGUGGCAACCCACACUGGGUCACGCUGUGCUGAAGACUGAGUUUAAAGAGGGUAAGAAGGAGCUUCAGGUGUCUCUCUUUCAGACUCUUGUGCUGCUGAUGUUUAAUGAGACAGAUGAACUUACGGUGGAGGAGAUUCGCACAGCCACGGGCAUCGAGGACGCUGAACUCAAGCGCACACUUCAGUCUCUGGCCUGCGGUAAAGCUCGCGUACUCAAUAAAACUCCUCGAGGGAAAGAGGUGGAGGACGGCGAUCGCUUCAACUUCGACAGCGACUUCAGACACAAACUCUUCCGCAUCAAAAUCAACCAGAUUCAGAUGAAAGAGACGGUGGAGGAGCAGGUGAGCACCACCGAGCGAGUGUUUCAGGACCGUCAGUAUCAGAUCGACGCUGCCGGUCGGAUCAUGAAGAUGAGAAAGACUUUGAGUCACAAUCUGCUGGUGUCCGAACUUUAUAACCAGCUCAAGUUCCCUGUUAAGCCGGCGGAUCUGAAGAAGCGCGUGGAAUCUCUCAUCGAUCGGGAUUAUAUGGAGCGUGAUAAAGAAAAUCCCAACCAGUAUCAUUAUGUGGCUUAAGAACUUCAGGCGCUGUGAUACACGUGAAAGCACUUUAUCAUUGAUGACUGUUGUGUGUUCAGUCGUGUUUCUGCUGAUGUGUCUCAUUAUUACUGAUGAUGUGACAUCAGUCGCACUGAUGCUGCAGAGUUUAUCAGUGACACGCUCAGGCAACGGAAAUCACAAACAGGAUUUCACACACACACAUUUAAACACACACUCACUGAGCGAGUGAGAGUCUUUACAGCAACAUAAAACAAGACGUGAGGAUGAGACAGAAAUUAUUGUGUGUUUGUGUGUGUGUGUAACCUGUCAGUCAUCACCUGUAUUUUGAUUCACAUCUGUCAACAGUAAUGUUUUAUAGAGCAGAUAUUCUAUUGUUUGUAAACGAGCGAAGAUAAAAAAAAAGAAAUUAAAGCCUAUUUAAUUAAAAUCAAA